AUGAACACAGUGUAUGUGAUGAUGGCUCAAAUCUUAAGAUCUCAUCUGAUAAAUGCUUCAGUGAUUCCUAAUCGAAUGAAAAUGGGUCCAUAUCUUGGUGUCAUUAGAACUAGAAUGAUGUCAACUCAUAAAUCCAAAAAGAAUAUGAGAGAAUAUUAUAGGCUGCUGAAUCUGGAUGAAGGAUGCUCUGCAGAUGACGUCAGGGAAUCUUUUCAUAAGCUUGCCAAGCAAUACCAUCCAGAUGGUGGCUCUAAUACUGCUGAUUCUGCAACAUUUAUAAGGAUAGAAGAAGCUUAUAGGAAGGUGCUUUCCCAUGUGAUAGAACAAACAAAUGCCAGACAGAGUAAAGUUGAAGAAACAGAAGAAGAAAAAAAAUUCAAAUAUAACACACCCCAACACCGGCAUUAUUUAAGUUUUGAGGGUAUUGGUUUUGGGACUCCAAGUCAACGAGAGAAGCAGUAUAGGCAAUUUAGAGCAGACUGUGCAACGGAGCAAGUGAUGGAAUACCAAAAGCAGAAACUGCAAAGCCAGUAUUUCACCAAUAGUGUAACUGUUAAAGAUGUAAGACACAGUAAGGAUCAAAAGAUAACUCAAGCAAUAGAACGUUUGGUGGAGGAUCUCAUUCAGGAAUCAAUGGCAAAAGGAGACUUUGACAAUCUCAGUGGGAAAGGAAAACCUCUAAAAAAAUUUUCUGGCUGUUCAUAUAUUGAUCCCAUGACUCACAACCUGAACAGAAUACUGAUAGAUAAUGGAUACCAACCAGAAUGGAUCCUAAUGCAAAAGGAAAUAAAGGAUACUAUUGAUCAACUCAGAGAGGCAAUUUUAGUGUCAAGGAAAAAACUUGGGAAUCCAAUGACACCAACUGAACAGAAACAGUGGAACCAAGCUUGUGAGCAGUUUCAAGAAAACAUCAAAAAACUAAACAAGCGAAUUAAUGACUUCUUUAAUUGUUCCCCUUCUGACCAGGCAAAAAGUCCAUUUUAA